GGCGGGGCCCGGCGGGCGCGCGCGCGGGGAAGGAGCGGGCAGUGAAGAUGUUCAAGAAAAGACACCUCAUGGCCAGGGACUGCCAAGCUCUUGCAGAAGGUUCUCCCUCCCUGACACAGCCCUUGAGUCGGCAGCAAAACAGAAGAGACAUCAACAGGGGCCUCCAUCCCACCCCCCACACACGGAGACAUCAAAGAGCCCAAAGCCACCAGAAGAACAUCACUGAUUACUUCAGGAUCUCUCAGAACCAGCAAGUAGGUCCUCGUUGGAAGAGCAGUGAACUCAAAGAAGAGGCACUGGAUCCCCUCUUUAUUGAACCUGAUAAUUCCUUCAGCAGGGUCUCCAGUGGGAUGGAGACCACCAGGGAUUCCUGCUCCUUCCUAGAGGAUGAGGACUUUGUACCAGCUCCCAGGAAAAAACCCAGAAAAUGGACUUCAUCCACUGCAUCUGCAGGGGUUCACAAGCUAGAGCAUGAUUUGUGGGGUGACCCUGAGGAGAAGCCAGUGGUGAUUCCUCCAGAUCCAAGCCAGAUCAAGCAGGAACUUGAUGAUAUGGAAAUUGAACCAAUCCCUGAUGCACACUAUGGACUCCUGGGGACUCGGAACUGGGAGGUGCCUCAGGGAAGUAUUGAGGAGCUGCCUCUUGAAGUCCUGAGGAACAUCUUUGCUUUCCUCCCAGUGACUGAUCUCUAUCAGAACCUGAGCCUGGUGUGUCACUGCUGGAGGGAGAUAGUCAGGGAUCCACUGUUCAUUCCUUGGAAGAAGCUCUACCAUCAGUACCUGAUGAAGGAGGACACAGCCCUGCAGAGGGUUGAGCAGAUCUGCCAGGUUUUUGGGAUAACAAAGGAGCAUGAAGAGUGUGUGUUGGGGCUGAUCAGGUGUGUGUCUGCCAUUCCUAGUGGCCAGAAGGUUGAUGCCAGUGGUGUCCUCCAGUGUUUGAGGAGUCAUCACCUCUUCUUAAAGGCUGAAAUCUGUGUCAACAACAAACUGCCUCAUUUAAAGAGCAGGAUGGAGCCUGAGAAGCUCUGGGCCAUUCUUGCAGUCAUGGUGCUUUUUUCUGAUGGUGUCAGGGACAUCCAGAAGCUGCUGGGAUGUCUGCUGAGACCUUGCUCCAAACUUUCUGUUGUGGAUGUGACCGAGCUGCUGUACUGCACAGCCACCCUGCUGUGUGCCAUGAGAGACAGGAACAUCUCCAUCACUAACAGGAUCCAUUACAACGUUUUCUACUGCUUGUAUCUGAUGGAAAAUGCUUCUGUGAGUAUGGAGAGAGUAGAAGACCCCCUGGCAUCACAGUGCAGACAAGACUUAUGGGCCAGUUGUGGGCCUGACAUAAAGCUGACCCAUGAACAGAAAAGGAUUUUGAAUCACAGAAUUGAGCAGGGCCAAAUAGUGAAGAUCAUGGCAUUUGCAGGGACAGGAAAGACCUCAACCUUGGUCAAGUAUGCAGAGAAGUUUCCUAAUCUGAAUUUCCUUUACGUGGCCUUUAACAAAGCUGUUGCAGAGAGGGGCAGAAGUGUCUUCCCCAGCAAUGUCACCUGCAAGACUUUCCAUUCCUUGGCAUUUGGGAGCGUUGGGAAACAAUAUAAAGAAAAAGGCAAGCUGAACUUCUCCAAGAUGUCAGUUUUGGCCAUCAGUUCCCUUCUCCAGAACCAAAAAGGACAAUCUCUGUUCAUCAGAGGGAAAACUGUCUCACAGACCCUUGAAAACUUCUUUGCCUCUGCAGACAAAGAGAUCUGUGAGGAGCACACUCCUGUUUGGUUCAAAAACACUCAUGGAGUGAGACAACUUGUUACUCCAGAAGAAAAGAGAAUCAAUGUCCAAGAGGCAAAGGACAUAUGGCACAACAUGAAGAAGCUGGAUGGAGAUGUAGAGAAGAAAUACAAGAUAACUUGUGAUGGGUAUUUGAAACUCUGGCAGCUCAGCAAGCCUCAGCUCUCAGGAUAUGAUGCCAUCUUUGUUGAUGAAGCACAGGACUGCACUCCAGCCAUCGUGGACAUUGUGCAUUCACAAACCUGUGGCAUAAUCCUUGUAGGAGACCCUCACCAGCAGAUCUACACUUUCCGUGGAGCUGUCAACACCCUCUACUCAGUGCCUCACACCCAUAUCUACUACCUCACCCAGAGUUUCAGAUUUGGUCCUGAAAUAGCUUAUGUUGGAGCAACCAUUCUGGAUGUCUGCAAGAGGAUCAGGAAUAGGACACUAGUGGGUGGAAACCAACAGGGUGACGUGAGAGGCAACAUGGAAGGGAAGAUCACAAUCCUGUCCAGGAGCAAUUUCAAUGUGUUUGAGGAUGCUGUGAAACUUACUGGGAGGGAGAGACCAAUUAAAAUCCAUGUGAUUGGGAUAGUUCAGGAAAUUGAGCUUCAUGUGGUGGUCCAUGGCUUCAGGUAA